GGCAGUGACCAGUUAGCAGUCUGCAAUAGCCAUAACAGCCUCAGUUCUCACAGCCCCGCAGUCUCCUUAUCCAGGAGAUGUACUCAAGCACUCAGUGUGAGCAGCUCCACUGACAUCAGUAGAAGUGAGAAAGCUAAACCAGGCUGUACCAGUUCUAUUUGUAAAUCUGAACUUUUAGCUUCCAUUUUAACAUUUUAAAUGUUAAACAACAUGUUAAAGUAUUAAAACUGAUUUCAAAGUGCUUAAAGUUGCAUAUCUCAUUCAGGUCCUAAUUGGAAUAAUAUUUUAAUGCUGAAAAAAAAGUUGUAUCAAACAUGUGGCAGUGUAAAAACUGCAUGACAAUUUUUCAAUCCUAACGAAGUGUAAUCAGUUAAUCAUUAGAACAGAAAUGUAUCGAUUCCGCUUUUCAGCUUCCAUGAUUCAGCAGCAGUACUGAAGGUCAGUCUCUCUCUAUUAAUAUUUAAACAGCCAAGAGAAGCUGAAAGGAGAAGCUUAGACACUCACCGAUUCUUCUAGAGAUUCAGUUUUUAAAACAACACAAAUGAAGCUUAUUUUGUUUCAUUUUCAUUAAAGGUUAGAAAUAAUGAAAUAGCAUAAUCUGAAAACAUUGCUCAGAAUUCUUAUUUUCAUUCCUAUAUUUUCCCAUUUCAAAGGAAACAAAGUAGAAGCAGAGAUUUCUUUCACUGAAGAGUAAACAAUGAAUAGAGCCCAGCGUGAUAAAAAAAUCGAUAUGAAAAUCUACCAUCAGCUUUCCCACAGUAGGCAUGCAGACCAGGCCUCCUGAUUUCAGCCAGAGCUGUCUCCGUAAUGAGAUACAGUGCAUCAUCGUUUGGAUUUGCUUUUGAUGCUACCCUGGAUGUUUUGUCGUCAGCGAUAGUUUUGUGGCGUUACAGCAACGCAGCUGCUGUACAUUCUGCACACAGGGAGUACAUAGCCUGUGUUAUCUUGGGUGUCAUAUUCCUCCUAUCAUCUAUUUGUAUUGUGAUCAAAGCUAUUCACGAUCUUGCAAAGAGGGUUCUUCCAGAAGUGGAUGACUUUCUGUACAGUGUCUCCGUUUUAAGUGGCAUCCUCUGCACUGUUUUGGCAGUAAUCAAGUUUAUGCUGGGCAAGGUCCUUACAAGCAGAGCGCUGAUAACUGAUGGUUGCUUAUUGAUAUGGUGCCCCGCGUACGGCAAACGCGCCACUAUGAAAUGUUUGAGUGAAGAUCACACACCUCUUCUUUGUUGGCUUUCACAACACAGAGCCACUAUAUUGCUUCUGUUUAUCACAGGUGGAUUAAAAAUAGCAGACAGUCCACUGCAGAGGUUGAAAUUGGAUUGUGUGUCCUGGUGGUACUUGAGCCUUUGCUGGCGCUGGAUGAUGACAGACACAUCACACGUCACUCCGCGUAAGAUGGAAGCUCAGCACUCGCCAAGACAAAGGAGGUACUUUAUAAGCUUAUUCAGCACAAGGAUGUCUUGUACAGCAAUUGUCCCUGUUUUCAUUAGGUGGACUUUUAAACAUCAUGUACCACCCCAAAAUCCUUUCUUCAUGCACAAGUCCCUAAUUCCUUAUGCUUAUGCUUAGUCCUGAUAUCUUCCCAUUCUGUUUCUUUUCUAACUCCAAGUCCACUGAAGAGAGCCAUGGAAAAGGCAUCUUCCUGCUGAUUAACUCAGUUUUGUCAAGCAUCUUCAGCACCAGAAUCAUAGAACCAGACCCUGAACAUAGCUAUAUUGUGUAUUUCUUAUUUUUUGCUGGUUUUAUUAGUACUGUUUACCCUUUUCCACCUCUCUUGCUUCUGUAAUCCCAGCAUCAGUCAUUUAGUGACAAUUAGGAACUGCCCAAAGCACUGCUCUGCAGGGCUGUGCACUACAGCAGCCAGGUUCUAGCACAGACCAGCACCCAGAAGAGCAGCAAGAAGGUAAAACGGGUUGUGGUGAGACAUCUAAGUGCAGUGAGCUUGGUGGCACAGAACUCCUUCAGGGACAGAACGUAGGACAUCAAACCAGCUCACAUUUUAAAGCAGCCUGUUAAAAUACUGAGUGCAGUUUGUGCACAGGGACUUUUGGCUGUGUUCAUCCAUGAAGCAAAGCUGAGGGAAUCCUCUUUUCUAGUUGGUGGUUGUAAGUGCAGACUCCAGCUGCACAGCCCUUGAAAAUGAGAGGUGGUUGAACAAGCUCAUACUUUUCUUAUCACAGUAACAUAAACCAAAUGCAGAAGUGUUUCAGUUACCAUGGAUGCUUCAAAGCACUUCUGGUAUUAGCAGGUUAAUUCAAGAAAAUAAGUAAAAUACUUGAGACUUCAAAGGAAAAAGACCAGGCAAUAGUGAUACACAGAAGUGAGCACAGAUCCAUACUGCCAUACUUUUUAUGGCUCAUUACAAUUGAAAUGAAAAUAAAUGCUCAUCCAGUUUACCAGAAUGCUCUGCUCCAGCCAGACAUCCUCAAAGGUAAAAUUUUCAAUAGUAGCUUUCUUUAUUACCUGUCUGUGCCAGCCGCUCUGUAAUUAUGAGAUAACAAGCAGGUUCCAGCCACACUCACUGAAGGUGGAACUUCCAACAGCUGUGGUAGCCUGGGAGCACUUGGAUCACCUUAACCUUGGUACUGCCCAACACAGCAUUGGUGACUGCAAGCUUGUCAAACUGACAGAUGCUCUUGGUUGUGCAGAGGGCAAAGAGAAUGAAGUUCAUACAUGAAACAGCACAGAGUGCAAACUGAUACUUACUAAAGCACGUCCAAACUCAGAGCUGCGAAUCCCUGAAAAUGUCAGUGAAUCUCAGUUGAGGCUUUGAAUUUAUCCAUGUAGUACAGCAGAGAAGGAAGCUAUCAAAACCCCACACCAUGCUUUGCACGUGCCAGGUGCCAGGCAUGAGGUGUAUUUUGCAUACCUUCAUUGUUAGGCAGUGGAAAGUGAUAGUGUUCCACCUCUGGCUGAAAGCCAGGUUUUUGAGCCCAGAAAUCACCAAACUAGAAUCCCUUGCCAAUUCAGUCCACUUCUACCCUUGUAGGUAAGCCAUAAAUAACCAGCAUUCAACCACCAUCUGAAAAUGAUGUUGCAGAACUGGACUUGAAGACCGCAGACAGGCGCUUCCUCAGACAACGUCAAAUUAAGCUCUCAGUAUGCACACUUCUGAGCUCUCCUCACUAAUGAUAAUACCAUUUGCAUUUCUGCAAUCUCAGCUGCCUGGGAGCACACAGACAUUUCUGGGAGCCAGAGAGGUAAGGAAGCAUUGAAGCUACUGGCCAAACGCUAUCCCUGAUACACUGAUCUGUGAGAAUACCUCAUCCUGGACUUGCAAGUGUUUCACUGUACUCAUAGCACUUUUAAUUUCUCAGCACUGCUUUCAGGUAUGUGCUGCUGCUAUGUUACAUGCACUGCCAUGCAGCAGUACUGUGACAAAGCACUGUGCUGACAUGCACUGCUCAUCAGGCAUCAGAACUGAGACAGGAGAGGCACAAACCCACAUUCCUGUGGGUCCAGGUUAUGCAACUGGAGAGUAAUUAAAUCAAACACCAGACAAUCAAGGGACCUGUCCUGCUGCUCCCACACCUGGGAGCAGGAUGCUUUCCCACUCCUGUCAGCCCCAGGAUGAGCCUGUGGGGAGGCAGUGACCAGUUCCUGCAUGUUACCUGUUCCACGCUAUCAGCUGCAUGCUGGGGUUGGCACCGCUGAGCCUCAGGCAGAACUUGGGAGCAGAAUCAUGGUGGCACUGCAUGGACAGCCAGGAGCGACGCAGGCAUCAGCAAGAACAUCAGCUGGAGGGCUGAAAGUGCAUUUGAUAGAAAGCCUUUGCAGAGGAGUUUGUUUUGCAAGUAGUUCUGUACUCUGGAUGCAGUGUGCAGCCAGUGUCCACAGUCUUCCUUUGGGCUGAAAAUUAUUAGGAAGUAUGUCUAUCUAUUGGAGAGGGAAAGUUGCUCUCCUGAAAUGAAUCUUGAUUUUAUCUGUCUUUAAAUCUAAGUUAGAUUUAGAACAAAGCAAAACAAAGAUAACAAAGUGUCCUUUCUUACCACUGGGAUGUGGGCCGUGCUUCUGCUGCGUGGGCAGCUGCGGGCUGCGGAUUGUCACACAGAUGCAACUCUGGAUCCGUGGCAGCUCACAGAUUUGCCAUUUAUGCACAAAGCAAUCAUAGAUCCAAAUCACACAAGAAAAAGGUUUAUUGAAAAAUAAAGUUCUCCCUAGUUUUUUUUUCUACAACAGUGAAAACAAAGCAUUUUUCUAUGCCAUUAAAGUACAGACAUUUACGUUUCUAAAAAAAAUAAAAUAAUCUUAUCCUAUUGAACCCCAGUAACUUGACAGUAUCUGAAUCACUGUGUUCUCAUCUUUCCGAAUCAAACUGUUUGAAUGCAAUAUAGUGGAACACAACCAUUCAAAUAAAGACUUUAGCAGAGAUUUCCAACUGAACACACAGUAACCAGCCUGACCCUGAAGUUCUUACAAAACUAUAAAAACUCCAAAUUAUUUUCUGCAAAAAGCAGCCUUUGUUUUUACAGAUUUCAGCAGGUUUUUGUUUGACUUCUCCCCUUACAGUGCUACAGGGAUUACUCAGAAUUUUCUAGCCUUUCCCUAUGGAGAUGCCUCCAGGGAAGGAAUGAGACCAGAAAGCAGAGAGCUGCUCUGUCACACUGCUGCGCUCAGCCAGAGAGAGAACUCAGCUCAACCCAGCAGAGUGAGCAUUGCUUUAAGUUUAAACAUUUCUCUUGUUGCAAUCUGCAGGGUAAGUUUUCUCAGAAAAUUGACUCCCUUUUCCUUUUGCUAAAUACUGCCAUUUCCUCCUCCUCUGCCGUAUUCGUUUGUGAAAACUAAACAAAAUGGUUUUCACUGUCACCAUAUUACAGCAAGCUUGUUAAUGAGCAUAAGAAAUGAGUCCUGGGUAUAACCCUACUAAAACGAACUGCCCUCAGACGGCCAUUCAGCAUGAUUUACCGUGUACCUGUGUGACACCAGGAACGGCUGCAGUUCUGAUGGGAGCGGGGCUGGGCCGUGUGACACACACUGCAGCGUGGGGAAGGUGGAGUUACAACUCCUUUUAUCAGCGCUUUGAGGACCUGGCUUUAUUUACCCAUUUAAUAAGCAGGUUGCAUUGUGCUAUUGGGAGAGGUCUGCAGAAUCAGAGCCCAACACUAGUUUUAAUUAAAUGAGUGUGUAAAGGAUGACUCACGUGGAAGCUGCGCUUUGUUACUUUUCCCUGGAGGAAAGAACACGAGCAAUGCCACACAGCUGAGGUUCAGCCUCUGCAAUUUUCAACACAUCCCAACAGUAAACAUUUUACACUUGAUACAUGGAGUUUGCUGUUUACACAUUCCAUUUAAAUAUAAUAUUUGGAACUUACAAACUAACUUAAAAAAAACCAACAA